GAGUGGAAAAGGGAGUGUGUGUUUUUAUAGAGAGAGACCAAAGCAAAGCGCCGUCUUUACAGUGCAUUGAAGACCUUCACUCUGAAGCUCCUUGUGAAAUGAUACAGUUGAGAAGAAACUGCUUGUCAGCUGUUUGCUGAAGACCACUGCAAUUCCUCCUGGCUGCUGUGGAGAAGAAGAUCUUGGCUCUGUAGCCACCUCCUGUGAUUGGCUGUCACACUUUAGGCUCCCCCCCCCUCCUCUCUCUGAUUCCCCUCUUUUCUCUCUCUCUCUCUCUCUCUCUGUCUCCCCUCUGUUUCUAACCCCCUCCAUACUGUCCUCAGGCUUACCUGAGCCACAACUGCAGAAACGCUGGACCCCCUCCUCCACACGCAUUCACACACACACAAUCUCUCCUCUCUCUCUCUCUCUCACACACACACACACACACACGCACAGCUUUUCACCUGGAGAGGGCAGGCGCAAGGGACGACAUGUGCAGCAGCAGCAGCAACAGCAGCAGCAGUCUCUCCUCACAUCUAGCGCUGCCUCUCUGAGUUGCCUCUUUCUGGAGAGUGGAGAGGAACUCUGAAAAGAGAUUUUGGAGCCAUUGUCCCUUGGCAAAACCAGGAGAGACAGGGACAGUUGAGGGAUCACUUGUCAACCCAGGGAUACCAAAGGCAACACACAACAUGAUUUUGGGAGGAAUAAACAGGGCUGGAGCGGCGGUGCCGACGUUCCUGCGGACCCCUACGGUGAUACAGCCCCACCUGGACAUGAAGCCCUUCCUGCAGUUCCCCAUGGAGACCCCCCCUCCUCCACACAGCAUGAGCCUCUUCCACAACUUCAACACGAUGGACCCGGUGCAGAAGGCUGUGAUCAACCACACCUUUGGAGUCCCUCUGGUCAAGACCAAGCGGCCAGUCAUCUCCUGUAACGUCUGCCAGAUCCGCUUCAACUCAGAGAGCCAGGCAGAAGCACAUUACAAAGGAAACCGCCAUGCCAGGAGAGUCAAAGGCAUCGAAACCUCUAAGAGUCGUCCUCAGGAGGGGGACAAGCCACAUACUGUGCCUCCCACCUCCUCCCCGUCCCCGCCCGGAGCCCCAGGCACUGUCUCAGACAGUGAGCCCAGCAAAGCAGAUGAAGCACGGCCUCUUUCACAGUUAAACGGGCCCCUGCUGGCCCCAGGACCCCUUCCCACUCUUACCACCCCACCUACCCCGCCCAUGGACUCCCCUGUGCCCUCGGUGUGCCCCGUCCUGCCCACCCCCACUCCUCCCUUGAUCCCCCCUUCCUCCUCCUCCCCAGGCUGUGGCAGCGGCAGCACCAACUCAGAGCAGCCCGGCGGAUCGGGACCCCCACUGGUUUCAGGAGUCGCCGGCAUCUCGGCCUCCAGCAGCCCGUCCAACCCGGAGACGGAGGAGGACAAGGCUAAGAAGCUGCUGUACUGCUCACUGUGCAAGGUGGCAGUCAAUUCCUUGUCACAGCUGGAGGCCCACAACAAAGGUACCAAACACAAAACUAUCUUGGAGGCACGGAGCGGGCUAGGCCCCAUCAAGGCGUAUCCUCGCUUAGGCCCCAAACCCAGUGGAGAGCAGGGAGGGGGGCCAGUGGACCCCAACACUCAGGAACGAACCUUCCACUGUGAGAUCUGCAAUGUGCGGGUCAACUCUGAACUGCAACUCAAACAGCACAUAUCAAGUCGAAGGCACCGGGACGGCAUGGCGGGCAAGCCUAACCCCCUCCUCAGCCGACACAAGAAGCACAGGGGAGCUGAUCUGACGUCUUCUUUGACCUUCUCCAAGGAUCUCACCAAAGCUUUGGGUGCAGGGCUCUUGCCUAACCCCUUGGCUGUUGCCGCGGCAAUGGCCGCAGCAGCUUCCUCGAACCCGCUGGCCCUCCGCGCAGCGGCUCCCGGGCCUCACCCACACCAUCACCUAUUGCAAGGCCCGCCUCUAAGCCACGCCAUCCUAAGACCUGCCCCGGGGCCCAUCCGCACCACCCACGGGCCAAUUCUGUUCUCUCCUUACUGACACAUCACCCUCUGACUUCGGCCAGUCAGGAACAGCCACUCCAAAAGCACACUGUGAAGAUACAAACAUGAUCAACAAACAGCAAUUGAUAAGGGGGAAAAAAUCCAAUCAUUUAAAUAUCGAACUGAGAGAAAAGCAAGGGAAAGGAACAGCUGAAUGGAGUAGAAGUGUAUGUCUCUCUUUUUUCCCUUUACCUGAAACUCUCCCUCCAUUUCAAAGACUUCCGAGUGAUCCGCAGAUGGAAUGAGAAGAGGAGAGAUAUUCAUUAUGCAUUGAACUCCCUUGUACAUCUCUCACCUCCCUUGGUCCCUCUCCCUUGCACUGUGGCCCUGUCAUGGCCGCCUCAAUAGCUACAGAAGAAACACAUGCAGACCUUUCUAGAAACAUUAAACCACAUGUAGUGUUACAUAAUUAUUCUGGGCCAGGUUGGUUUUCCUCUGUCAUCACGGCUCAAACGUGUUCUUCCUCAUCCUAUGCACCUCAAAAACCAAGACAAUAAUGUUAUGUCAGUAGGGUAGCUGCUUCCAUCGGUCUUUGCUGUAUGCGUCACAUGUAGCUGUGGCGGCCUCCACGGUACUGUACAUGUCCCCCUCUGCGCCGGAGGCCAGCAACUCUUCAGUUUGUGACACUAGGUCCUCACUAGAUACAACAUGACUUUGGCUGACAGGCAGGUGGUAGCCGCGUCUGAACAUGUCUGAUGGGGGUGGGGGGUUGGGUUGGGUUAGGGGGGGGUUAAGAGAGCAGAAAAGUGACUGUGGGGAAUUGCACUCCCCUGUCAUUUCCUGAGAGGGUGAGAGGAGGGCUGGCACGGGUCAGUGGAUGGAUUUACCCCAGGUGGCAUGUAGACACACACACACACACAAACACACACACAAACCCAUGGGCCCGAAUGAAUCUGUGUUUUAAAAUAGUCGGCACCAACAAAAAAUCACUACAGGGCAUAUCUGCCAACCUUCAUAAAAGUCAGAGAAGAGCCUCACCAAAGGGGAGAGAGGAUGGGAGAAACAGCAGAAGUCACACAUUGGUACAUACUGUACUGCUAUAUUGCAGUACAAUAUCUGUCUUCAGCUUAGAUAGUGUUUGAUGGCAAGACUCUUUUACCUACAGUGAUGAGAAAUACUGUGCUAUACUGGAGAGAGCAUAGGUCAUAUGUAUUUGGUGAGACUUCUGUUCACAUUAAGCCAUCAAAAAGAUUUUUACUGACGUCCUCAACACCUCCCUGGUCUUCAUUCACAGGUUGAUUCACUGCGUAGGUGGAAAGGCAUGACUUAGGCACGACCCCGUUAGCUUAUGUAUUUAUGUUGUUUCUGCAUGCAGCCUCGCAAUAAGGUCUUGCAGUGUCAGGCUUCUGCAUCACUGGGUUGACCUCUUCCAUUCCAGCCCUGUCCUCCUCACCUCUCCCAUUUCCAAAGGUUCAUAUGAGUCUAUGGGAGAGGGCACGUCAACAUUGGCAGCCAUAAACGCUGAGAGGGAACAAAUUAAAGAGAGGAAGAUGAAAGCCGAACACACAUUCUUGGAGAAAAUGAUCUUGAGCCGCAGUGACAACCAAGCCAGAAGCCCAGCGAGGCCCAUCCCGCAGCAGGAGCCGAGACGUCCAGCCCAAGGCAUCUAUCAAUACUUCCUGUCUUACAACUGAAAGCCAUGAAAUGCACCAUGAUUUGUUUUCUUUUACAAAGACUGGUGAGCACUUUGUUUUGUUUGGUUUGGACUGUUUGUGUUUAUAUCACACAUAAAAAAGAGCAAAAUAGAAAACACAAUAAAAAUAUUUUUGUAGUUAGGAAAUGUUAAUAACUGCAUCCAUGGAUGGAAAAGAAGAAAGGGGUGGAAUUGUUGAAUGGUGGAUCAUAUAAGUGUUGACUCAGACUGACUGACAUACAGGCUGACCAACUGACUCAGCGGGGAGCCACAAAAGCUAGCUAAGCAGCAGACCUAUCUUUGCUCGACAGCUUGAAGCUAUCACCCUUUUCUGAACAAGAUGUACACUGUGCCCUUUCAUUGAGAAGCAAUGAGCUCUAAUGUCUUACCUUUGUCUGAAUAUUGCAAUGCAAUGAGCAAUUUUUAUCAGAGUGACUUGUUAUCAUUGUGACAUGUUGUGACAUGUUGUCUGGAGUCAUGUGUAAAACUGGGAGCACGCCAGCUGACAGACUUUUCUGUUCUUCCGUGAGGAGCGCAAGCCCUCGAAGGGAUUUAGAGAGGGACAGAGAGAGGCAGAGGUGUAGCUGAGCUUAGGUACCGACCCUUCAUAUUAAAGGGCCUUUUUACUAUGGUAAUCUCUGCUUGGGGAACAGGGUACAAUGCCAGGUAUCAAGGGAUUAAUGGUAGAUGUGUUCAACAGGCUUAUUUUUUAGUUGGACUUACUGAAUUGCAUUAUUUUUUUUCUGUGUGUGCGAAAUGUGUUUAAGUGAAAAUCCUGAGGAACAUUAUCAAUGCCAUUACUUAAAGAAGAAGCUGGCUUGGUGUCAGCUUCCACCGUUGUGCUCUUUUUCUUUUUUUUUCUUUUUUUUUUUUUUUCUUUGUUGCUGAACGAAAACCUCCUUUGCAGAGUUCGUUUUGUGAGUGAGAUACUAUUCCAGGAUCCGUGCUCUCUUUCCUGUUGGUUUGUGUACCAUAUGUAUUCUAGUGUGUGUUGGGACCGGCUCUCUUCCCCACUUCCCACCAAUAAGAGACAGAAGCAAACUGGAGCUAUAAAGUGGCCUAAUACUUAAAAAAAACCUGCACAUGUUUGGUUUAGGAAGACUGAUCAAUCACCCUGGAUUCUAUGAGACUUCAACAAUGACACAACCUAAUCAAAGUACUGCAGUCUUGUCCCUGAUAGGUCAGUCAAGUAGCAGCACCACCGAGAUGUUCAUAUUGUCCGUGAUAUGUUCACUCUCUGGCAAUUCCCACUGACUCAUCCUCAUUAUUCACAUAUGGGAAAUAAAUGUUAGAUUCCUAUUUUCUGGGCAGGUAUUUCAUGUUAGCUGUGUUUAGGCUACUAGCCUUAGCCUUAUUCUGCCCUCAGUCUCUCCCAGAGCAGAGAGAGAGAGAUAGAGAGGCUAUGGUGUAAUUUUGUCUUGCCAAUAAAGUUAUUUUUGAAUUUCAUUGUCAGAGGGGACAAAGAGUUUGUAUGGCGAAUUGUAGCAAUACCUGACUCAUUCUGGCUACUCUUGUUUAUUGCAAUAAGAAAAUUAAACAAUAAAUGUGUAUGUGAGUAAAACAUUAUAAAUGUAAUUUAAAUGAAAAAGAAACUUUAUGGUAAAUACUAUUGGUAUCAAGAGAAACCAUGGUGGAAAAAAGUAAAUGUCAAUAAAUCAUUAAAUGAAACUAA